AUGCAGCUCGCUUCCAGCAUCGUCCUCAUCCUCGCAUCAUGCCUCCUAUCCAGAGCCCAUGCUCUCAUCAGCUGUGUCCCAACCGUCACGAUAACCACUCGCCCGGGCACCAGCAACGGCUGCAAGUUCAACUGCUCCAGCGACUUUUGCAUCAUCGAUAGCGUCGUCACGCAGACCGUCACCGCCUGUGCAACGUCGAGCCCGUGCUGGAACUGCCAUACCGGCUUCCCAUUCACCACCACGGCCACAGACUGUCCAUAG